AUCAGGUCACAUGAGAGAAGGAAGUAUGGCUGCAGUGGGCGAGGAGGAUUUCGCGGCGCUUCAGAUCUUGCUGAAAGUAGGUGCAUAUUUCUUUAUUUGUGGGCAGUUGUUGUUUACUGCAAGAUCUCUCAGCUCUCAUAAUUUUUAAUGAUGUAUAAAGCACGUUGUGGGGAUGAAAGGGUGAUAUUGAAAAUCAGUUAUUUAUAUCAUUCGCCCAUGAUAGCACUGCUAACGUCCAAAGUGCUGCACAUUUUUUAAUGUAUCUUUACUAUAACCCUGGCAGUUAGAUCGGACAGGGACGGUGGCUAAAAAGAGAUUUGUCGAAAGCCCUUCAAAUGAUUGAAGAAGUCCCAGCGAAAGAUACAAAAAUGGGAAAUCAAGAUAACAAACUUUUUAUAAAAGAAUGGAAAUGGUUUAUUGAAUAUUUACAAAUAAACUGUGAACAGAUAAGAACAUUGGCAGGAUUACUAUAAUAAUCUGCAGUUUUAUAACAGUAUAGAUGAAUAAAGAAGUAAGUUAAGUUAAUUUGGAAUAUGCAGAAAAUGUAAAAAAUAAAUUUAAGGAACCACAGAAAGAGGGGGAAGGAAGUAAAGUUUCAAAAUGUUAAAAUGAUUACAAAAUUAUUGAAAUGUAUAAAAUAAAAUAAAAAUAAAAUAGAAAAGAAAAGAAAGCUCUUCAAAUGAGGUCAUGGUGGAGCCACAUUUGGAGCUCUGAUCAGAUUGAAGUUCACUGAAGUCGCUGUUAUUUCCUCCCCUCUUUCAAAGAACCUGUUCAUUAGCAGAAUCGUGUUUUCAAUGGGCUCAUUCUUCCAUUUGAAAAUCAACCAGGAUGCAUGCCUAGAAACAUUGUGUCACAUUUUAUAGGCUACAUGGGUGGGAUUUUUCAUUGAUGCUGACAUGUAAGGUUAAAUACCCUCCCCCCCUCCAAAAAAUGGUAAUAUCCUUUGGAUUGUUUAGGGCUAUCCAAUGACACUGAAUGUUGGAAAUUUAACAUUUUCCUUCAUGCUCCCGCAAAAUGUAGUAACAGCCAUCAACUUUGACGGCUUUAAAAGAAGAUUACAGAAAUUCAUGGAAGAGAGCCGUCAUGGCUAGUAGCUGUUGAUAGUCCUACAUUCUGCCACCCUUGUCAGAGGCUGUAUGCCAAUGUAUGCCAGUAGCUUGGAGUAACAAGUGAGGACAGUGCUUUCGCUCUCUGGUCCUGCUUGAAGGUUGGCCACUGUGGGAACAGCAUGCUGAACUAAAUAGGCCUUUGACCUGAUCCAGCAGGGCUCUUUUUACAUUCACAAUCCUACGUUCACAAUUGCGUUCAUUAAGUCCCAUUGCAUUGCACCUCCAGAAUAUAUGAAAGUGCAGUUUAUAAAUACUUAUAAAAUAAGGUUGCACAGCUAAAUCGCUAGUUAUCAGUGAGCCAUCCCUGAAAAGGAAUUGAGGAUAGAUAACCGUAACUGGACAUGACAUUGAUGGCCUUUCCUAUUUCCCCACCCCCACCCUCAGUUUAUGAUAUUAAGAGGUAUUAUAACCUCUGUAGAUGGGAUCCAGUUCUGCUUACAUGGCUAAUGGCAGCUGAUGAGAGCUAGUUUUCUUUAGUUUGUGCAAAGAUAAAUUUGAGCUGCACCAUAUCCUGUGUUUUGAAAAAGCUCACUGUUCAUUUCUCUUUCCCAGGCUUCAUCAAAGGAUGUAGUUCGGCAGUUAUGCCAGGAGUGCUUUUCUAGCUCUGCAGGUGGUUCUGACAAACUGAUUGAGAACACGUGUUCCAGUCUCUCGGUUACGCCAAAUGAAGCAAGUCAGGUAAGAUUUAGGCUGUAACCCUGUGCAUGAUUAUCUGGGAGUAAGUCCCACUGAAGAGACAUGUGUUGCACUAUUAAGUCAAGUUGGCUUUUUUGACAGAUCCUGAUGUUUUAUCGCUUUUUUAUUAAUAAUAAUAUUCUGCUGCCCAGAGUGGCUGGGGAAACCCAGCCAGAUUGACGGGGUAUAAAUCUAUUAUUAUCAUCAUCAUCAUCAUCAUCAUCCUGAGGAGGGAGGGGCAGGUUAGGUGUAAAGACUGAGCAGCAAGAGCUCAGAACAGGAAGAAGAGAGCCUCUAGCUCAGGGGGCAAGGAGAGAUCAGGGUUCAGGAUUAAAGGGCAGAGGCCAAAUGGUGAACUGGACUGAUGGGAAUCAGGCAGCAGAGUGCAUAUAUACAAUAUAGUGUGUUGGUGCUGGGUUGAAAGUGAGUGAGAGAGAUUGCCACGUGUUGUUGACAUGGUACCUGAAAGAUCUGUGUGGUUCCUCUUGCAGCUGAUCCGAUCUUUGCACAAUCUUACAAGACACACAGUCUAUCAUGGCCUGACGUCACCAGAAGAAAUUCUCGCCCUCUUUCCAGAAGGAUUUCACCAGAAUCUUAAAAACCUCUUGACCAAGAUAAUCCUGGAAAAUGUGUAAGUGUCAUUGAAGCUGUUUUCCAUAGAAUUAGACCACUGGUCCAUGUAGCUCAGCAUUGUCUCCACUGGCAAGCAGGGUUUCAGGGAGAAGUCUUUCUCAGCCAUGCCUGGAUAUACCUGGCAUCACACCUGGGACUUUUGGCAUGCAAAAGAUGUGCUGUGACACUGAGCUGCAGCCCUUCCCAUCAGGUUUGUGGUGUUGGACAAAAAUACCCCCCAAAGGCAGUGGAUUGGUAGGUUAGUCAGGCUUCACACUAUUAUCCAGUUGCCCCUGCUUUCUAGCUGGUCAUUGGGUUUGGUAACACCAGAUUCCCAAUUAGGUGGUCACCAUGUGUUAGGAUUAAAGGCAGGCAGCGAUGACCUGUCCCUCUCAAUGGCAAGUGACUUUUGCACUCCCUGAAUGGUGGAAUAAGGCUGGAGCCCUAGCCCCACGUACAUGGGAGUUUGCUCCACUGGAAUUCUAUAGGACUUACUUCUGAGUAGACAUGGAUCUGAUUGCACUCUACAUCAGAUCAUUUGCCCUCCAUAGAGUACAUUUUGGUUUAUUAAAACUGAAGGGGCUGAAACCUCUUGUGCUUUGGACUCCUUCAGACUUGAUGGCUGCAAUAUGGUACUUCAUGUGGCAAAAAUAGCUUUCCUGAAUCCACCUUCAGUCCCUGCUGCUACUCUGUGUUUCAAAGACAAAUGGUGCAUAUUUGCAUUUUCUCUGCUCUUUUCAGCUCUGCCUGGAGAAAUGAAGCACAAGCCAGUCAAAGUAAGUAAUGGGCUUUGUUGAGGAGCAGUUCUCGUUUCUGAAAUGGUUACCCUUGCAUUUAUUGGGGGUAUUUAUUAGGUGGUCUUGCUUCGGGAAUGGACUGGAUGAGAGGCACCAAACUGAAGCUCAAUCCAGAUAAGACUGAGGCAGUGUUAGUGGGCAGUUCCCUAGACUGGAUGGAUGGGAGGCUGCCUGCUCUUAAUAGGGUUACACUCCCUAGGAAGGAGCAGGUAUGUAGCUUGGGGGUACUUGUGGAUCCUUUCCUGUGGCUUGAGGCUCAGGUGGCCUCAAUCAUGUGGAGUGCCUUCCAUUAGCUUCCAUUAGCCAGCGUGGUGUAGUGGUUAAGAGCGGUAGUCUCGUAAUCCGGGGAACCGGGUUCGCGUCUCCGCUCCUCCACAUGCAGCUGCUGGGUGACCUUGGGCCAGUCACGCUUCUCUGAAGUCUCUCAACCCCAUUCACCUCACAGAGUGUUUGUUGUGGGGGAGGAAGGGAAAGGAGAAUGUUAGCCACUUUGAGACUCCUUCGGGUAGUGAUAAAGCGGGAUAUCAAAUCCAAACUCUUCUUCUUCUGGUGGCCCAGCUGCGCCCCUAUCUGGCAUAGCCUAACUUCACUUGUCUAUGCUCUGGUAACCUCUAGGUUAGAUUACUCCAACACUGUAUGCUGAGGGUUGCCUCUGAAGAUGGUUCAGAAACUUCAGCUGGUUGAGAACUCGGCAGCCAGGUUGCUCACUGGGGCAAUACUCUUUGAGCAUGUUAUACCGACCCUGACCCGACUUCACUGGCUGCCAAUUAGCUUCCAGGCCAAAAGUGCUAGUUUUGACCUCUAAAGCCUUAAACAGCUUGGGACUGCAGUACCUCAAGGACCAUCUCCCCCACCCUCAAAUGAACCAACCCAGACCCUGGAGUCAUAAUCUGAGGCCCUUCUUCAUAUGCCUCUUCUGCGAGAAACCCGGAGGGUGGCAACACGAGAAUGGGUCUCUUCUUUGGUGGCUCCCCAUUUGUGUAAUUCUCUCCCUAGGGAGACUCACCUGGCACCCUCAUUACGUAUCUUUAGGUGCUGGGCAAAAACGUUUUUCUGUAACCAGGCCUUUGGCUGAUUAAGCAUUCUGUGGACAUUUAAAUGUGUUUGCCAUAGGGGGAUUAUUGGUUUGUUUUUGUUUUGUAUUGUAUUAUAUGUUUUCAUGUUGUGAACUGCCCUGUGAUCUUUGGAUUAAGGGUAAUAAUAAUAAUAAUAAUAAUAAUAAUAAUAUAACCAUCAUCACCACACUUACAUAGUGUCAGUAGUGGCAGCUCCUUUCCUCGUAUGUUCUCUGUAUGAAACCAUCUUUUUUAGCUCUGCUACUUACCUAACUUUUGACUAGCAACCUUCUAUAUAGAAAGUUUGUGCUGUAUGAAUGAGUUACAAGGAUCUACAUGCUAUUCAUUAGUAAAAGGUGUGGAAUGAACACCUCAGCGACUAAACUGUGCCAUCAGUGUGCAUGUUAUGAGAGGAUUGGCCCCUGUCCCAUGAAGCUUACAAUUUAAAAAUCAACAUAGGAAACAGAGGAAAUGGUGGAAAUAGUAAACAGGAAAGCAAAAUGUGAUUGCUUGUUUGUUUGUUCAGUUAAGUGCAGUUAAGUGCUUACUUACCAGCAGAGUUAUUAGUAGGGCGUGGGAAUCUUGGUCUUGGUUCACCAUAUAAUGUAGCAACCUUGUUAGCAAUUAUCCAGUACAAAGUUUAUCCUUUGGCUGUGGAAGGAAUUAAUUUUUGAGCAUCCUCUCUAUGUUGCCUCUGGCUCUUCCAGCUCGCACAUAUGGUGUCUUUGUGAUGUUGGACGAGAGGACUGGUAUCUCAUUCUGGCAGGGGAAAAACAAAUGGUAGCUUAUGCCAAUACAAGGUUGACUUCUUUUCAAACACCGUUUUAGAUAAAUUCCUCCCCCACCUUGUCCUAGAGCUGUGUUGGCUUCUUUUUUUUUUUUUUUUUUGCCCGAGACGACAGAGAGAGAAGGAGAAGUGGACUAUUGUAGGUGGUGCAAGGAAUCUAUUAUUGUUGUUCAUAUAAUGCCUUCAAGGUUCAUGGUAGUCUAAAGAGUUUUUUAAAAGAUAGGAUGGGGAAAUAUAUGGACAACAGGAGUCUUAUCCAAAUAAAGAGAACAAAAAUGAACAUCCGUUGUCAACUUAUGUUUGUUUUGCCAGCAAGAUAAGGGAAAAAAAGAAGAAUUUGCAGAGUGUAUUUUUAAAAACAAAAAGCCAACAAUAAAAAAAUAUUUCAACAGGAUACCAGCUAGGUUGGCUGCCGCACCAUUGGAUAAAGGAGUAAAAGGUGUGCAGAGAACCUGAACAAACUUAUUUGAGUCUGUUCUCACACAAUAGAUAAGAGAAGCAUAUAAAGCUGCCUUAUACCGAGUAAGACCAUUGGUCAACUUAGCUCAGCUUUGUCAACACUAACGGACAGUGGCUUUUCAGGGUUUCAGGCAGGAGACAUUUCUAGACCUACCUGGAGAUGAUGGGGAUUGAAUGAGAGACCUUCUGUAUGUACAGCAGUUGUUCCACCACUGAACUGCUUUAUGCAUUGUAUGGUGAAAAAAGAUAGAAAGGGGUUGUUUUUUUUCCCUUCUCUGUGUAUUGUGCUACUGGAACUUUGGGUCAUUCAAUGAAACUGAUUGGACAGGAGAUUCUGAAUAAGCAAGAGAAAAUGCUUCUUUAUAUCACAGAUACACAAUACUUCUUGUUGAUGAGCCCCAGCUUUUUAAGGAGUUAAGACAGAUUUAUGAAGCUUAAGUCUAUUAGCAGCUACCGGUUUUGUUGGCAAUAUGUAAUUAUACCUCUUUCCAACUCUACAAUUCUAAGAUUCUCUGGGACAGAAGCUUUCUGUUCUCUUCCCAUUUUGGUUCCAACUGACAUUCUCAGCAAGAGAUUUCAGCAAGUGUUACUGAGCAGCAAAAGAAAUGUGAAUACAAUAAAAUAAAGAUGGAAACCCCAAAUGUAGUGAUAUUAGGAUUUGGUGGUGGUUGUUUAAUAAAGGCCAUGUUAAAAAUCCUUAGCUGGUUUUCAGCUGUGGCGUUGAAUUAAAAAGCAGCUUUUCAAAUGAGUUGCUAGAUAAAUUGAGCAAGCCUCAAUUCCAAGUAUGCUUGUUUGGAAGCAAGUCCCAUUGAAUUCAAUGAGAGUUGGUUCCCUAAUAAGUUUGUUUAGGAUUGCGAUCUGCAGAAUAUUUGGGAUUUCUUGCUUCUUAAACAUUUGCACGAUUGCUGCUUUCUGCAGCUCUGUUAGAAAUAAGGUCAAGGUUUUGCUCCAGGAGUCAUCAGUCAAGUAGAAGUGUCCCUAGGGCACCCAGGGGCUGAUAUCCCAUGCAGUAUAAGGGCAUCCUUUUGUUAGCAGGCACCAGAAUUGCAGUCAUGUUCUUUACAUUGGUUGGUUUUCAGAACCUGAUUUAUUUGUGGCUGCUGAUUGCCUACCCACAGUGCCUCUCAAACUGGAAGCUUGUCAGAGGGAAGGGGGAUGAUGGAAAGAGAUGUUUAAAAAAUGCACGAAGGUAACUCCUAGUCAGUUCGGCCAGAUUGGAUGGAGGACUGAGGCUACAAUCCUGUAUACACUUAUUUGGGAGCAAACCCCGCUGAAUGCAGUAGGACUUAGUAAAUAGCUGUGAAGACUCUUUUUUAAAAAAUGAGAUCACUGUCAUAAUUGUGCUCCCUCCGUCAAUUUUUCAAAUGUUCACCGACAUUCUUUUAAUUCUGUUCUAUUCAUGUGCAGAAUUACGGUUAAGGAUACGGAAUUUGGCACCCUGCAAACCAAUUUUUUUUAUUAAAAACAACAACAAAAUUUCUGGCUCUUACAGAUAUGAAAAUGGGCUUGAAAUGUUGUGCAUUUUAAAAAAAAAAAUCAUUGAAUCAUCAGAAUAUUUUACAAUACCACAAAACAAAGGACCAAGUGGCAACUUGCCAUUAUAGAUCCAUGAUGCAUGGUUAACUAUUACUUCAGACCAUAAAAAAGGUUCGAUCAAGAAAAUGGGAGUAUUGUUUUCAUAGAAUCAGAGAGGACUAAUAGUAGUGAGUAUGCACAUGUAAUCAGUGCUAAAUUUACAUUGCAUGGAUAACCUUGGGACUGGAUUUCUUAAUCGCAUUGUGUUGGAGCUCUCGAACAUGCACUUCAGUAUUACCUGGAAAUGAGAUUUAAAUAAACUUUAUUUAACAAUGUAAAAAAACAACAACUAAAAACAGUCUUAGUGGUUAAGAAAUCUAAGUAUGGCUUUUAAGCAUUGCCGAAACAGAGAAUGAUUACCCCAUUGCUCUGUGGCAGGCAACAGGGUCCUCCUCCAUCUUUUCUGGUGCUCCUUCCCUUCCUCUUCCAGUAACAACAUACAGACAACCACAUGGCAAUCUUGGGGACACCUUGCCUAGUCUGAAUUCUCUUCAGAGCUCUGGGGGCUAAAGUGGAGAGUUCUUGCUCUGUUGUUGUUGGUGGUGCUGCUGUUGUCAUUUUAACAGGCUGAGCCAGACCCUUCUUGUCUCUGCUUGAAGAGAAGCCUUGUCUGACCUUUAGCAUUCUCAAGGGAAAUGGGGCUCUUUUUAGCCAGCUUGAUUCUUAUUUAUGGCUUGUCUAUCUUGGCAGGAUCAAGAGCCAAUAUAUUCUUUUCAGAGCCAGAACAUACACAGCAAACAAUGCUGGAAACAUAUUUUAAAUCCCCCAAAUGCCAGCAUGAAACGAGGUCUUGGGUAGAGGACACCCACAUCACCUGCCACCUGAUUAGGAAUAGGCCAAAGCCGACUGACAGAGCACAGACUUUUUUCACCCCGAGACCAUUAUUUAUCAUAAUUAUCCAACUUUCCAAAAAUUUAACACUUCUUGAGAUAGAGCACAUGCUUUGCUUGCGAAAGGUCCCCAGCAUCUUCAAGAUAGGCCUGGGAAAGAUUCCUGCCUGAAACUCUGGGGAGCCACUAUGAGUCCGCCUUGACAAAACCGGGCUUGACAAAACCAAUGGUCUGACUUGGUCCUGUGAUCCUUUGAGCCAUAUCCGCCUGGGGUGUUCUGACUCUGAACUCUGGUCCCCCUCAACAUGCAUAAGCUCUACUGAUGAGCCGCACUUCUUCCCAACCUUACAUGAGGAUGAAGUUUUAUACAAAAGCUACAGUUUUACCAUUAGCAUGUGAACCCUUCCAGGUUUUUUUUAUAAUUUGCUCACAGAGAUAUCCCCUGAAUAGCUCUGAAAUUACCCCUGGCAUGUGGUCCAUGAGUUCAGUAUCCUGAUAAUUACAGUUCAAAGGUCUGUGUGUUCAUUCAUUCCAUUUUAAUUCCAGUUUCCCUGCCCCGGCUUGUGGAUCUGGACUGGAGGGUAGAUAUCAAGACCUCCUCGGACAGUAUCAGCAGAAUGGCUGUCCCUACCUGCCUGCUGCAGCUGAAGGUAUUGUUUCUUGAGAGCCAUUCAUGACCCACCAUGCUCUAACCAGUCCCACCUAUCAGCAGUGUACCCAGAGGCUGAGAAAUUAUCUUAGAUUUACAGCUUGUUUGGGGUUGUGAAACCACUGAGAAGCCACAGCACAAUGAGAGGAGAGUUGCAAAUUGUGAGCAUCUGUGAUGACACAUGAUUGCCUGUGACUGUUUUUUCACCCCUGGCCUCUAGACAGUUUCCCACAGCUUCUAAAGCUCUACUUGUACAAUGGCUUACUCACGCUAUUAGCAGGUCACACUAUAUCACCAAGACUUAAGUGUAAAGUCCCAUUUAUUUCAGUGGUGAAAAUCCCAUAAACUAGGUUGGAUCCACACUAAGUGGGCUAGAUCCAUACUAAGUGUAGCUUGCUUAGUGUGGCUCCAGCCCACUGUCUUGAUAGAGUCUUAAUUGAUGGAGUGGUGAUUGUUCAGUGAUGGAGACUUUGCAUCCACUGCAAAGCAGAAGUACCAGCUUUUUGUGCAUACCUUGUUUUAUGCAAGAGCAGCAAAGCUGCAUUCAGACAUAGCUGGAAGGUAUGAUGAGUCAGCUAACCCAGAAGAGGGGAAGCAUCAGGUUGGUCUCUGGUUAGGACUUCUGUGACUCCUUUUUUUGAAAGGUGACUAGAUAAACUGGAAUUCAAGAAUGUUAAGAAGAUAAAGCAGAUGUAGCCAAGCCCUGCAGAUGCUGUAGGAAUCCAACUCCCAUUAGCCCUUGCCAGCAGAGCCUAGUGGUCAGGUCUGGUGGGAGUUGCAGUCCAACAAUAUUGGAGAGGACAUCUUGUUGAAUAGCCCUGCUUUAGAAUUUAUGGCUUGUCCACCGAAACAUCCUUCCUGGCUGGGUUUGGUAGAAGCUGCACAUUGGAAAAGGCAUUUUCUGUUCCUUAAGGAUAGGGAAAUAUCCCUAUUCUCUGUCAGUAGAAAUAUUAAUCUGCCAGAAGAGAAGGAGGGCUGGGAUUAAACCAAGAAGGUGGUUUUGAUGGUGAUUUCAAGCUCUGGGAUAUUUUUUUCUUUUUCAGAUUCAGGAAGAUGCUGCCUUGUGCGGGAAUGACUUCACAACCUCAGCAUUGACAGUAGAGUUGAAUAAGCAAACACUGGACACUAUGUUAGAUGGCCUGGGAAGGAUACGGGACCAGCUUUCUGCUGUUGCAAAUAAAUAAAGCCUUCUGGCUAAAGGAUUCCAACAGCUUUUCGCAUGUGGAAGAUAACUCUCCUGUCUUGCCAACCUGGCUGUGACAUUUUACCAACAGCCAAUCUUUGGGUUUCUCUUCCUCCUCAUAACCAAACAUCAUUGUUAUUUUUUUACUUUUCAAUGAAAUGGCAUGGGGGUUUUCCCCUUCAGAAGCAAAGACUUCAACACUUUCUUGCUCCGAUGCCUUGACAUAAGCUCAUAAUGACAAUCAGGACCUCCUCUUGUACAUAUUCCUAGAGAGGCUCAUAACUCAGCUUGUAGCAGGAACGAAGAGCAGCCGAUGAAGCGGACUGUGUCUUCUGCCUCUGAAAUGGGAGACUAAGAAGCAUGAACAUGGCUAAUAGGCUGGCUUGCAGCCUCAGCGCGCUCUUGAAAGGUGUUUGCUGAGAAGUGUGGGAUGUUGGUCUUUUCCUCCUCACUGAGGCACAGCAUUUGAAACAGACCAUCCAGGCUGCAGUGUGUUCUCUCGUGGGGCAGAAAUACCUUGUGUGUGAACUUUUCAGUUCCAAGUUUAAACUGCUGGAAUGAAUUCAGUAGCGAGUAGCACCAAUCUGAUGAUGGAGGAGAGAAAGUUUUGUCACUUCCUGUUGGCGUUAACAGGAGGCUCUGUGAUAGACUUGGAUGCACUGAGAAAGGUUGCUAAUGGCAACUGGUUCCUGUAGCAACAAAGUCACUGCACACAUUUAUGAAUUAUUAAGCGUUUCAUUUAAAAUACAACAAUUGUGCUAGAUGGAUUUAUGUUUGCUUUAAAUAAAACAAACAAACAAACCAGGG